UUGCCAGGAAGUACAAGCUCAAUCUUGUCCGUAUUAUAUUCGAGUCAGCCAUCGUCAGCGGCUACACUGGCAGUUCAAGAACGAAUGGUACGACAGAGGGCGUUUACCGCGACCUUCAGGCCUCUCUACGUCAUAGAGAUGGAGGAAGCACGUCCGGCGGACGCGAUACAAGAUCGGAGCGUCGAGUGUGCCCAGUACGCUGAAGGAAUAUCCAAGCAAGCAUGAAGGGUCUUGCGGCGUUCUCCCUUCUUGGUCUCCUUGUCGCUGGAUUCACCAUCGUCGAAGCAAAUCCCGAGAAGUGCGAGGGCCACACGAUCUUCAUGCGGGACGUGGAGCGUGCCUGCAUUGAAAAGACGUGCGCCACUCUGCACAGCCCACCGAUCAUCGACUGCGUUGGAAUGGAGACCGGCUGCUUCUGCAAGCGGGGCUUUGUGAAGGAGAAAGGCGAAUGCCAGCCCUCCAGCAUUUGCGAUGCAAAUUCAGUCUAAAAACUGGCAGAACGAAAGAAGUAUUGUUGAAUGAGGGAUCAAAAUAAAACACAACGAACACUAGA